AUGAAAGAUUACAGCCAAAAACUUCAUGAAACAUUAUAUUAUAGUGAUGAUUAUAAAGGAGAAAUAUUCAAGAAUCUAUUUCAAGGCUUAAUGCAUGACUUUUGCUUGGUGAAUUUUUACAAUUGUAAUUCAAAAUCAGUAUCAAGCGGAUUUGAUUUACAAUUUCUACCAAUGCAUAUUGUAUCUAUUCUUGAAAUUAAAAAAAAUAUGAAAGAUAAAGAUAUUAGUCAACUUUUACAUUAUUUCCAAAUAGUACUUGAUUAUUCGCCAAAAUCUCGAACAUAUAUAAUUGGUGCUAUUACAGAUUUUCAUUAUAUACGAUAUGCAUCGAUAAAGCCUAUUACUAAUCCAGAUGAAUUUUUAUUAAAUUAUUUAACAAAUUUCUUUACAAUUGAUUCAUCACAAUUGGGAUUUGAUACAUUGGUUCAAUUACCUAAAAAUAUUCAAAUUCACAACACUUUAUAA